AUAGCCCAGGAGUCGGGCAAAAUCUUCAGGAUCAUAUUACGAUCGGUGGACUCACUUUUUUGAUCGAUCCACCGUACAAUGCAUCUACGACAACUCUAGCGGACGUAACGGACUUUUUGGUAAAAAGAGAGGGUCACCUAUACGGUAUAGGCGUCUGCGAAGUAUUGGGUUUUAUCAACACCAGGUACGCCAACAGUUCCAUCGAUUACCCAGACCUCCAAUUAUUCAUGGGAUCAGCCGCUCUAAACAUGAAUGGUGAACUCGUUAAGAGUGCCUAUGGUCUGAGAGGCGACUUUUACGCAGCCUUAUAGGCGGAUAUAAUUGACAAGGAAGCAUACAGUGUGGUAGCAUCGCUGAUACACCCGAAGAGUAGAGGUUACAUUAAGCUGAGAGACAAUGACAUCACACACCAGCCAAUCAUGGUUCCAAAUUAUUUAGACCAUCCGGAUGAUCUCGAGGUUCUGGUAGAAGGAGUCUAUUUUGCCUACAACCUCAGCCAAACCUCGGCUAUGAAGAAAUUGAAUGUACGUCCCAACUCCAACGUGAUUCCAGAGUGUGCCCACUUGAAUUUUCCGUCGCGUGAUUAUUGGCGUUGCUACGCAAGAUUUUUCCCAUGGAGUCUCUAUCACCACACGUCUACUUGUAAAAUGGGUACUGCCAACGACAAAAUGGCUGUAGUAGACUCACGCCUGAGGGUCUACGGUGUAAAUCGUCUUCGGGUUGUGGACGCUUCUAUCAUGCCAAACAUUCCAUCCUGUAAUACCAAUGCGCCAACUAUUAUGGUCGCUGAAAAGGCCGCGGAUAUGAUUAAGAAAGAUUGGAAUUCCAUCUUUUCCGGCGGUUGCAAAACUUCGAAUGUCAGAGCUUCGGAAAACAUAUCCCCGGAGUUGCGAAGCCUCCGUGACGCAUAAUAUUCAGGAGGACCGAUAGUUCUAACGAUGAAUGAAUGAGCAAGCGAGUCUCAAAAAACGCAUCUCCCCGACUCUGCAAGAUCGCGAAGAUAAUUCAUAAUUAUGCAAUUGAGACCGACGAAUUAGUUGUUGAUAUAUGAAUACCUGACCGAGUAAGCUAACCGUAUUAAUAGCUGACAUGAUCUUGAAUGAACGUGUCGAUAGUCAGUUUUUAUCGAGAAAAAUAACGCUUCAUAAAGUAGUAGUUCUAACGAACUUGUGGCAAAAAACUUGGCGUAAUGAAUACCAUAAAUAAAAUCACAAUGACUUUUAUUAUCCUUGGAAAUUUUAUACGACGGAUGCUUUUCGUCAUGUAAGGUAUUACGAAUAAAUUCUUACCAACGUUAGUAAAGAUUGAGUUUGUAUUAUUCACCUGUGAUAUCUACGGUAUGAAUUCUUCAAGGCCUAACGGAAAAUGGUCUGACCAUUUGAAAUGAAUUUCAAUUCAGAAACACAUUAAAUAGCUUAAAUUAUUUCACUAACAAAUAAUUGUGAAAGCCCUGGCGUUGGAACUUGCAAUGUGAAUGUAAGUCACUUGUCGAUCUUGUCUAUAAAUUUAGAGAUACGGAGAAAGGCCUGGAUAAGAACAUUAAGAAAAGGAAGAAAAGUUUCACCAUUCAUGAGUGUUCACUACAUUUAAAAAAAUAUUAUAACCCGUUACCAAGUAAGUAAAAAGUCAAGCAACUUCAACGAGCAUUGACAAU